ACCGUAGGCGGAGGAGUCGACAGUUCAUUCUAGCUAGAAAGUAAACAAUUAACGUUAGACACACGGCUAAGGACAUGAACUGAUAGUAACUGUGUAUCACGAAGAUUGGAUCGCGAUUUAAACAGCGGGACUGUAAUGCCUGCUGGUCAGGACUGAAACCAUGCCCAUGUUACCUGUAGUGCCUGAAGUCCAGAGUCAUGUGCUGGCUGAGUUUGACUGUCUGGACCCCCUGCUCUCUGCCCUCCGCCUGGACUCUGGCAGGCUUAAGUGCACCUGCCUGGCGGUAUCGAGGAAGUGGCUAGCUUUAGGAACAUCAGCUGGAGGGCUGCACCUCAUCCAGAGGGAAGGAUGGAAGCAGAGGCUCAUCCUCACACACAAGGAGGGAUCUAUCACUCAGGUGUCAUGUUGUCCACAUGAUGAAGACUUUAUUGCUGUGGCAACAAGUCAGGGCCUGGUGGUAGUGUGGGAGCUUCAGCUGGAGCGUCGUGGCAGACCAGAGAGGGUCAGUGUUUCCUGGGAACACCGUGGCCAGACGGUCACCUCUCUCUGCUGGGACACCGCAGCCCUCAAGGUGUUUGCUGGGGACAAGGGGGGCAAGGUGUCCUUCCUCCGCGCUGGAUCCUCCAAACUCGGAAAGGGCUCAGCGUUUGUGAUCUUCCCCAUCCAGACCAUCACUACUGUGGAUUCCAGGGUGGUUCAGCUGGGUUAUCUGGACGGACGACUACUUGUGUCCUCUCUCAGCCGCUGCUACCUCUGUGACACGGAGAGGGAGAAGUUCUGGCGUGUCGGUAACAAGGAGCGUGAUGGGGAGUACGGAGCGUGUUUCUUCCCUCUGAGCCGUGGCGUGACUGCUGGCCAACCUCCUCUGCUGUACUGUGCCAGGCCUGGGUCUAGAGUCUGGGAGGCCAGCUUCAGUGGAGAUGUCCUCAGCACGCACCAGUUUAAACAGCUGCUGGCCGUACCAUCUGUACCUCUCAUCAGCUACAGAAGUGAGCCCCAUUACAACCCAGCCCAGAAGAGUUCCCAGUCCAUAGCCUUCCCCAGACUGUUAUACUUUGGGGAUCAGAACCUGCUGACCUGGACAGACUCGGCUAUCUAUGUCUUCACUCCUCAGAGUGGCCAGGUACUGCUGUGGACCGAGGUCAAAGACGUGGUUGAGAUAGCGGUGUACCGCAACGAGGUGUUCUGUCUCCAUGGUGACGGCCGCUUGUCCCACCUCUCGCUGUUGUCUGUGGAGCGGUGUGUCGACAGGCUGCUACGCAGGGAGGCGUGGUCUCUAGCGGCCACGGUCUGUGUGAUGUUCCAGCAUGCGAUCGCCCCCAGCAAGGCCAGGAAGUCGAUUCCCAUCGACCGACUGGAUCACCUGAGGUCACAGCUGAGUGUGACCACCCACCUGGAUCUGAUUGGCCAGCUGGAGGAAGUGGUCGCCAAGCUGGAGCCUCUAGACUCCGCCUCCAGCAGUCGCAGGAGCAGCAUCUCCUCUCAUGAGAGCUUCAACGUCCUGGACUGUGGCAUCUACCGUGUCAUUAGCCGGCGAGGCAGCCAAUCAGACGAGGAGACCAGCUCCCUGGUCAGCCAAUCGAUGCUUGAGGAGGAGCGGCUGAAGGAGUUUAGCUUCGUUCAGGAGGAGGAGCAGCAGCAGGGGGCGGAGCAUGAUCCCCAGAGCGGUGGUGGUUUGGAGGUUACUGAACCCAGCGCUAACCACCAGUUCCACCUCCCCCUGUCAUUCCGCCCCAAACACUCCCGCAUCGCCCUGCAGGCCGUCAGAGACAGUGUCUCCAGUUUUGUGAAGAAGACUACUGAGAAGAUCAACACUCUCCAGAUGAACUCUGACCUUUGGCCACGUCCCCCUGACCCUAAGGACGGAGGUCAAGGACAUGUGGAGGCCGUAGCUACCACUGUACCGUUCCCAGAGGACGUUGACCACGAGGAGUGUCUGGACCAAGGAAAUGCAGAGACUGAUCUACAGGACCUGAUAACAGCUACAGAGAAAGGACUCUCUCAGAUCCAGGAUCCCUUGGUUCUGUUGGACCCAGCCUGUCUAAUAGAAACUCUACAGGAGUGGAUUCCUGUGUUGGAGAGGGUUCUAGGUCCUGAGCCGGAUCUAGGUCUGGGAAAGCAGAGUCCAGCUGGUGAGGGUCACCCCGGUGUGAAGGAGACGGAAGAUGCUGCAAACUCUCCAGAGAAUGUUCAGUCUGAGAUCCCCUCGAGCUCUCCUGAGGAACUGACAAAGGACGGCCAGGAGGAAGGGAGGACAGGAGAGGAUUCCCCACAGCAAAAUGGAGGACAAGAGGACCAGAGGGAGGCUCAGGACCACCACAGACCUGACAAGGCCUCCACUGAAGAGAAUCUGAGGGUGUGGUCCCCCAAACCUCUCCCCCCAGACCUCCAGGCUCACCUUACCCAGCUGGCCACUCUGUACCUGGAGCUGGCCUAUUUUGGGGACCCUGUUGUCCAGAAAGAGAGGGGUGUAGUAGGCGUCAAUGCAUUCUUGAGACGGUUCUUCUUCCUUCUGGACCAGGAGCGGGUGAGGAGGAUGUGUCUACUCGGCUACGGGGACCAGCCUGAGGUCCACACCUCCUUCAUGGAGGCCAUGCUAGAGCUAACCCAGUCCAGUAAGGUGGUAGAGGUGAUCCAGAAAGGAGACCUGCUCAAAUCUCUACGCUGUCUCAGAGAACUACAACCCUGGAGCGCUCCGAUGCUCCUCGCUCACCUGCACAGGUUGUAUGAGAAGCAUGGAGAGUUAGCAGUUCGCUCCUUCACCCAGUUCUACCCUACAAUCCUCCCCUCUGACAUCACAGCCAUGGCCAAACAUAGCCACUUCCUGGCUUACCUAGACAACCUUGUCCAAUCAUGGGCCGAGGAACAAAGACUGUCGUUCCUUGGGUCCCUCCUCCAACCAGAGACUCUGCGACAGGAUUGGCUGGAGCUGGCCCUUACCCACGAUGCACCUCAAAAGAGCGACACACUGACCACAGACGGACAACCGAGAUGGCACUCCCAUUUCUUCAGCUGGGGUUAUGGUCGUCUCCUGUCCCUCCUGAUCCACCUUCCAGCUGACCUGGCCUCCAAACAGAAGAUGGCUGAGACAUGCAGGAGCCACGGGUACUGGACUGGCUAUGUGUACCUGUGCUGUGAGCUCCAGCGUCGUACAGAGGCUUUCUCUACCAUCUGUAGACUGGAUGACAUGAGUCUGCUGGAGGAACCCAGUGGCAUGGUGCCUCAGACCAUGGAUGAGUGGAAGAUGCUUCUCCAGCUGUCUCAGCAGUGUAGUAACAGCAGACCGACUGACCAUAUCCCAACCCCGGCUCCCACCCCCUCCUCGGCUCCCACCCCCUCCUCGGCUCCCACCCCCUCCUCGGCUCCCACCCCCUCCUCGGCUCCCACCCUCUCCCCGGCUCCUACCCCCUCCCCGGCUCCUACCCCCUCCCCGGCUCCCACCCCCUCCUCGGCUCCCACCCCCUCCUCGGCUCCCACCCCCUCCUCGGCUCCCACCCCCUCCUCGGCUCCCACCCCCUCCUCGGCUCCCACCCCCUCCUCGGUUCCCACCCCACCCUCGGCUCUCACCCCCUCAUCGGCUCUCACCCCCUCCUCGGCUCCUACCCCCUCCUCGGCUCCUACCCCCUCCCCGGCUGCUACCCCCUCCUCGGCUCCUACCCCUUCCCUGGCUCCCACCCCUUCCCUGGCUCCUACCCCCUCCCCGGCUCCUACCCUCUCCCUGGCCCUAGCCUCCAACGGGACCAGCCCCAGCCUGACCAACGGUGACUCUGCAGCUGACCAUAUCCAGACAGAGGUGACUCCAGAGAACCUGGUCUUGCGUCUGGCCCGGGCUGUGGGCCCCGACCGGGCCCUUGGGGCCCUACAGGAGGUGGGGAUGCAGUCGGACAUGGAGCUGGGGCCACACUCCACCCUGGUCUGUGAGCUGCUACGUGUGGCUGAGAAGAGACAAAGGGCUCUGAUCCAGACCAUGCUGGAGCGCUGUGAUCGCUUCCUCUGGUCCCAGCAUGCUUAGCGAGACAACACCAACCAACGCGCCAAGCGGGUCCUCAACCAACGCCAUUCAGAACAACUAUUACGGACAACUGCUAUGGGGAGCAAUGUUGGGGUCAAUUCCAUUUCCAAUUCAGGCAGUUAAACGGAAAUUUAAAUUCCAGUUAUCCACAUUGAAAAAGCAAUUUAAUUGACUGAAUUGAAAUGCAAUUGACCCCUGAUCUGAUCCAGAGCCGAUCUGAUCCGAAACAAGUUAAAUUACCCUUAAUGUGACCACAAUGCUUACUAACUACUUUUUAAACUGGGCUAUAAUCAUUUAUGUUGUACCGUUCAUGACUACUUUUUAAACUGGGCCAUAAUAAUUUAUGUUACACCAUUCUAGAAUGCAACUCUGUUUGACCUGGUACAGUCAAGACAGACGACUGUAUUUAAGUUGUUAUAUUUUAUAGUUGCCAAAAACCCUGCCUUACCGAAGAAAUAUGGGAUUAAUCUUAUGAAUUAUCUGAAAGUAUUGUUUUUGAAUUGUAAGGUCCUCGGAUGCAUUUUCAAUCCUGAUGAUGGUAUAUCUGACUUUUGUUAUUAACGACGAUUUCCUCCUUGGGUCAAACUACUGCGACAUGGUUAUAAAGCACCUGAAAUGAAUUGUUUUGAAGACAAUUGUGAAAAUAUAAUUUUAUUGAAAUGCUCUAAUCUAUUAAUAUAAUAUUUAAUGUGAAUAAUAAAAUAUAUGAUGAUGAUCA